AUGGACACCGCUGAGUCUCAUGUCGAUAACACAGCCAAAACAGAUCAUCCCUUCGAGGAGUCGGUAGGAAACAGGAACAGAACCAGAACAAUUAUCAGCAACGAUGCCUACAGCAGACUGCAACCGGAGGAGUUUACGAGUCUUGAGAAAAAGGUCCGACUCAAAAUUGACAUUCGUCUCUGUACAAUCGCAGGUACCCUGUGCUGUUUGAAUCUCCUGGACUCGGGCAUCCUCUCCUCAGCCUCAGUCACCACCAUGUUCGAAGACCUGGAUCUUCACGGCACACGAUACUCUGUCUCCGUCUUUAUAUUUACAAUUGUCAAUGUGGUCUUUAAACUUCCCAGCACUGUGGCUGUGCGUCUUGUCGGGCCGCGUCUCUGGCUUUCGUCCACUACGGUCUGUUUCGGUGUCAUUACUCUCUGCACGGCCUUUGUUCACACGUGGGGACAAAUGAUUGCCCUGCGCGUGCUGUUGGGAGUCGCUAUGUCUGGAAUCUAUCCAUCUAUGACCUACCUCAUCAGCGCCUGGUACACCCGGCGCGAGCAGCAGCUUCGCUUCGCUGCGAUGCAAUCUGGCGAAGUGCUCGGGCUGGCUACGGGUAACAUUAUCAAUUAUGCACUCAAUCAUCUCAAUGGAAAAGGCGGACUGGCAGGCUGGCGCUGGAUGUUUCUCGUUCAGGGCCUUAUCGCCUGUGUGAUCGGCAUCGGCACGUAUUGGUGGAUGAUUGACUUUCCGGAACAGGCGCAUCGCAGCUUCCGCUUUCUGACAGAGAGGGAGGCCUACAUAGCAUCCCAGCGAAUUCAGCAUGAUCGUGGCGAUGUUGUCGCGGAGCCUUUCUCAUGGAGCAAAGUCUGGGUGUGCUUUGCGGACCACAAGCUUUAUGGGUUCUCUGUCAUGUUCUUUCUGUUAAAUCUGGUGUCGACCUCCUUGAGCUAUUUCCUUCCCAUAAUAUUGCAGUCCGGCAUGGGAUUUUCCAGUAGUGCAUCCAUUAUCCUGUCCACUCCGCCAUACUACUGGGCCGUUAUCCCCGUUUUGCUCACCUCUCUAAUUGGAGACGCUUACCGCAUCCGCGGGCCCCUCAUCAUCAUCAAUUCCUUCUGUCUUAUCGCUGGUUUUUUGAUGCUGGGCCUCUCUUCCCAAGUCACAGUCCGCUACAUUGGCACCUUCCUCGCAACCGGCGCAUAUGUCUCCAACUGGGCGGCACUGAACGCAUUCAUGGCCAACAAUAUAGUUGGUCAGUGGAAGCGAGCUACUGUCGCAGCCGCUGUUGCGGCAUGCAAUGGACUCGGGGGAGUGGCGGGGAGUUAUAUCGUGAGGCAACAAGAGGCACCACAGUAUCCGACUGCUGUGUGGGUGUCUGUGGGCUCGCAUAUUCUCAUGAUUGGGAUUGUGGCCGUAUUUACGGUGUACUUUUUUCUGUGUAAUCGGAGGGCGAUUCGACGGGGAACGGUAUGUCUUAUGCAUUGUUUUACCAUGUGGGCAUGA